AUGGCACAGCUUGGCCUCAAAAGGUUCACCGCGCACCAUCAAUCUCAGGCCUGCAACGCCACCAUGGCUUCAGAUGACACUCAGAUGGACCAAGCAAUGGCCAUGACUUCUCAAGCCGCCAUCUCAAUUGACUUGGCUCGAAAGGCCGCCAUGCCUGCCUCGUCCCCAAAUGCAUCCACUCCCAGGAAGAAUAAACGACGUGCCCACGCCGAUCCAGAAGGCGCCUACACUCCAUCCAAGCGAGCCUCACUGAGCAAGCCCAUGCAGACGAGCACGCCAAGACGCAGGAAAGGCGCUGGACUGAGCGACACCUACGCCGCCAAGCUGGACGACUCCGAAGACGAGGAUUACAAGGCGCCAGGGAAUAUUUCUCGCACUCCACGUGCCACACGGCGCCCGAGACGCGGGACCAGAUCUUCAACUCGUCGAACAUUCGGCAUUGCUCCAGACGCCGGAGCAGACUCAGACGUCGACCCAUUUAUCAGCAACUCCGACUCGCAAAGGCGCAUGUGCGUCACGAACUGCAAUCGCUGGGACGAGGAGGAAAUGCUGACAUGCGCUGGAAAAGCUUGUCAGGAGGCUGAGAGAAAAUUUCACAUCCAAUGCGUGGGAUUUCGGAAUAUGCCAUGGAUGCUGAUGAAUGGCGAUGAGGGCGUCAAGUGGUAUUGCUUCGAUUGCAGGAGGGAAAAUGGGGUCGGUUGGAAGAUGAACGGGAUUGCUGUCGAUGGGGAGGAGCUUCUCGUUUAA